GCCAUAGCAACCAGGCGGUUUGGGGUGUGCCUGUCUGUAGCCAGUAAUCGCUGGCAGAAAGUGGUCAACACCAGGAAAUUAUCUUUCGCGUCACUGAAGACCGCUUUUGGCCAACGGGGCGCACUGCGCAUUUUGUCGGACCAGUGUGUUGUCGAGGGUCGUUUGGUGUUAAGAGAUAGAAGUCUCAUGAAAACAACAGUGUGUUUAGAAUUAUAUCACGAGUGAGCGGCGAGGUACCGACCCGGAUUAAUCGAUAUGUCAAUCCGCUCGCGGACUGGAUUUUACCGUCAGGAGGUAAACAAAACGGCAUGGGAGGUUCCAGAGCGGUAUCGAGAACUAAAGCAGGUGGGAACGGGAGCAUACGGAACUGUAUGCUCAGCCCUGGAUCGCAGGUCAGGCUUGAGAGUGGCCAUAAAGAAGCUGCACAGGCCCUUUCAGUCCAAGCUCUUUGCCAAGAGAGCCUACAGGGAGCUACGCCUCCUCAAACACAUGAAGCAUGAGAACGUGAUUGGCCUUCUCGAUGUGUUCACCUCUGAGAUCUCAUUGGACAGAUUCCAUGACUUGUACGUUUUUAUGCCCUUCAUGGGAACAGACCUGGGGAAACUGAUGAAGCUGGAGAGACUGACUGAGGACAGAGUUCAGUUCCUGGUCUAUCAAAUGCUGAAAGGACUAAAGUACAUCCACUCAGCAGGGAUCAUCCACAGGGAUCUCAAACCAGGGAAUCUGUCAGUCAACCAAGACUGUGAGCUGAAGAUCCUGGACUUCGGGCUGGCCAGGCAGGCAGACACAGAGAUGACCGGGUAUGUGGUGACCCGAUGGUACAGAGCCCCCGAGGUGAUCCUUAACUGGAUGCACUACACACAGACCGUGGAUAUCUGGUCAGUGGGCUGCAUCAUGGCAGAGAUGCUUUUGGGGAAACCGCUGUUUAAAGGAAAUGACCACCUGGACCAGUUGAAGGAGAUCAUGAAGGUGACAGGUACACCCGCUGCUGAUUUUGUGGUGAAGCUGCAGAGCCAAGAUGCCAAAAACUACAUCCGAAGUUUACCCAAAGUACAGAAGAAAGAUUUGCACAUGCUUUUCUCCAAAACAAGCUCGGAAGCGGUAGGUGUUCUGGAGUGCAUGCUGCUGCUGGACCCAGAGAUGAGGGUGAGUGCGUCGGAGGCCUUGGCCAUGCCCUUCUUCAGCGAGUUCAGAGAGCCAGAAGAGGAGACAGAGGCCCAACCCUACGACCACUCCAUGGACAACACUGACCUGCCCCUGGAGCAGUGGAAACGUCACACAUUUACAGAGAUUCUGACCUUCCGGCCAUCAGUGACAGAAACCAAAGACGCCAAAGAGACAUCACUCUAACACACACACACUAUGCUGACCUGUCAAUGAUAAUUGUGUUGUUGUACAGAUGUAAUAUGAUUGUACAGAAUUUAGAUGGUUUUUAGUUUAAGCUGAAUAAACAGACAUUUUCAAAUA